CCCAACCUCGCCGAUCUCGUUCCUUUUUGCAUUUGACUGUCCAAGUUCUACAGCAGUUCAGAGUUCAGAAGAAUCGCCCAGAAAUGGCGGCGAUUUACAGUCUCUACAUCAUCAACAAAUCCGGCGGGUUGAUCUUCUACAAGGACUACGGGUCGGCUGGAAGAAUGGAUACGAACGAUACCUUGAGAGUGGCCAGCUUGUGGCAUUCGAUGCACGCCAUCUCUCAGCAGUUAUCCCCUGUUCUUGGCUGCGCAGGGAUCGAGCUCCUUGAAGCCGACAAUUUUGAUCUCCACUGCUUCCAAUCCCUUACGGGUACCAAGUUCUUUGUGGUCUGUGAGCCUGGAACGCUGCACAUGGAGAAUCUGUUGAAAUACAUCUAUGAGUUGUAUACAGAUUAUGUGCUGAAGAACCCUUUCUAUGAAAUGGAGAUGCCGAUUAGAUGUGAGCUCUUUGACAUCAAUCUCUCGCAGGCUAUACAGAAGGAUCGCGUUGCUCUGCUGGGAAGAUAGACACAGUGUGCUGAUCUCAUUCAGCAACUUCUAGCUCUGUAUGUUUCUUCAAGUGACUGCUUAACAUGCUGUAUCUUGAUCUUUAUGCAUUUGCGAUUUGUGCUCUUGAUUUUGCAUUGUGAUCCCAGCAACUCUCGAUUUCUUUCCUCGUCUCCUGAAGUGACAAAUAGAGAAGACAAGAACUAUUUUUUUGGUUACCUAUCUUCUUUCUAAAGCCCUCUUGGUUCAUGAAGCUCCUGAAUUCCGAUUACUGGGAAUGGCUGAUGUAUCUUAAUUCUUACAGUUAUCAUUCUUAUGAAUCAAUCUCACGUCCCAGAAAUAUUCUGCAAUAUAACUCAAAAGUAACA